AUUAAAGUAUUUGAUAAUAACUAUACUUAUAUUUCCAUUUUCACAGUAAGUCAAAUUUAAUAGAAAAGAUGCCUUGCCAAGCCUACAAAGCAUUUUUAUUCCUCCUAGUUAUUUUAGUAGGAUCUCUAAUUAUGCUUUUAAUCUAUGGUGGAAAACAGUCAUUAAACGGAAAAAAUGAUUCAUUAAUUCUAGUUCACGUGCUUAUGAGACACGGAGAAAAGAAUCCAGACAAAUCUAGUUUGUAUCUAUCUAGUCCUUAUUAUAACGAAUCAUUUUAUCCAGAUGGAUAUGGUCAACUCACUAAAAAAGGCCGAUAUCAAGUGUACGAAUUGGGCGUGGCUUUGCGACAAAGAUACAAUAACUUUUUAGGAGAUAUCUGGAACAUAAAACAUGUAGAUGCAUGGUCUACAUCAUAUAAUAGAACUAAAAUGUCCUUACAGUUAGCUUUGGCUGGUUUGUUUCCACCUAAAAGCUCACAGUCUUGGGUAUUAAAUUGGUUGCCCAUUCCAUUUAAUUUUUUACCAUUUCAACAAGAUAAGGAACUACUUCCAUACUAUGCCUGUCCAAGGUAUGAUAAGUUAACCAAAAUCCUCUACCAAAGACCCGAGAUAAAACAAUAUCUUCAAAGGUACAACAAAUCGUUUGAAAUUCUGGCGAAUCAUACCGGAUUACAAAUAGACGUGACAAUUGGGUUCAAUCAAUAUACCGGGUUCAGGAUUCUUGAUGAAUUAGGGUUUCCAUUGGAAAGUUGGAUACCAGAAAUUUACCCUGAACCUUUACAUUCUAUGGUAAUAGAUAUGUACUAUCUUAUGACCAAUACUACUGAGCUGAGAAGAAUAAUAUCAGGUUUUUUACUGAAAAGAAUUGUCACCACUUCUCAAGAAAAAAUCACCAAUAAACUUGUGCCGCCUGAAAGAAAAAUGUUUAUUUACUCCGUACAUGAAAUGAAUAUAGCCACAAUGCUUCUAACAUUAGGAACACAGACGCAUUUGUCAGAAAUACCACCAUGUGGCUCUUACCUCUUGAUGGAGGUGCACAAAAUUGAUGGAAUCUAUGGGAUUAAAAUAUUUUAUGAGAACUACGGAAAGAACUCUCCAGUCCAAUUAAAAAUUAAGGGUUGUGACCAUUUUUGUCCCUUUGAUGAGUUUUUCAAAAUAACUAAAAGGUUUUUGCCAGAAAGUGAUGAGGAAUGCUAUUGUGUUGAUGAUUAAGAAAUAUAUUAUUCUGGUCAUAAAAAGUAGUUUUAAGAUUUAAAACUUUGUAUUUUUGUUCAAAUAAAAUCAACAUUGUUUAAAUA